AGAGGUUACUUCGAGAGAGAACUUAACUGUCCACUAUGGCAAAUGUGGUGGCGAAGGGCACAAUGCCAGGACAUGCAAGAACCCGCCACUUCCGCCGAGAACUGCAGCACCCCGCAAAAGGAAGCAACCACCACAAGUUCCAACCACACAAAUUCCACCCACCACACAAGUUCCAGCCAGCACACGAGUUAAUGACCAAGCUGGAAAUGACCAUGAGGCACCAAGAAGAAGGAAGAAAGGGC